AGGAGGUCGUCGUUCGCGAUAACCGCAUGCAUAGAUUUUUUAGCAAAUUCCAACAUCACGGUCCCGGCUAUAGCCUACCUGUCAGGUCACUUCUGCUGUGGGUAUCACGUUGGUGCGACCGACAGAGCACAUUUCAGCUCAGCUGAUCCAUUUUUUUUCUCAAUUUGGUCAAGAUGGCAGAACUGGUAAGUGAAUAUGAGAAAUAUGUUUUAAUUUAUUCCAAAAAUGUGCAGCAUAGGCUAGGACUACUAGAUACAGACCUUUGGGAAAAAGGAAUAGAUUAAUUUACAUAGAAUAUAAUAUCUAAAUUCCUCAACAAGGUAGGCUACGUUGACUGGAGUAAAAGUCGCUCAAGUGCUACUAAUAGGCUACUUUAUCACUAAUCCUCAAUGGAAUGUAGACUCGAGUUUAACUCCAUCUGCUGUAAUUUUUCAGCAAGUGCUGAUCAUACGAGGCACGCACACACGGACGUCAGUCUUGUCGACAUCAUGCAGCAUCAAUUUAUUAUGGCGCCCUCAAUGUGCACUGUGUUAUUUAUUAAUUUCAUUAAGGCAAUACGUGUUUUUAUACCAAUCUAGGCUAUGCUCUAUAAUUUUCAUGUAAAGUGCAAUUUUCUUGAAAACUGAGCAGUGUUCUAUGUUUGCUUGAAGCAUACAGACUACUGUUGAAAACAUGUAAAACAUGUAUUUUGUGUUCUUCCGUUUCUGAAGAGAACUGUGGCUACUGGUGACCAUCCUAACAAAUCUGAUAGAAAUAAAUGCAGUCCAAUCUCCCUUGACCAAGAGGUUGUGCGAAGACUGGUAAGCUUUAUGUUAUUUUGAUUAACUUACCAAUAUGAACCCUAUUCUGAAGAACAUUUUAGUUUUUUUUGUACAUGAGUGUAUGUUCAACAUGACUUCUGGAUAUGUGAAGAAAAUGUAUGGUACUUUGUUCUCAGUCAGUUCCAUUCAGUGGUCGUAUCAGAGGUGGGAUGAGGCCUGGAAAGAAGAUCAUUGUGAUGGGGAUAGUGAAUCCUGAGCCUGACAGGUACAUUGGACACACCCACAUCAUGUCUGCAUACCAAAUGGCACCUUUUUCCCUAUACAGUGCACUACUUUUGACCAGAGCCCUGGUCAAAAGUUGUGCACUAUAAAGGGAAAAGGUUUCCAUUUGGGACGUCGAGCAUGACUAUCCUUUAUCAGAUACCAGUUAGCUCAGCUACAAAUAAUAUUGUAGUGUGGCUUACAUACAGUACCUUAGAAAAACCUGCUCUAAGUUGUAUUGGAAUUCUAUUGCCAUGUGGAGUGGGAAAAUGCCACAGAAGUUGGGAGGAUGGAAGUGUCAAUGUCAGGAUUGUAAUCCACUUUGUACAAGGUCAGUAAGUACCGUAGAUGUAAACAAUGAAACACAAAAUAUAUAACAGACGUAGACUACCUUUUCUAACACACUUACCUUUUUUGGUCUUUGUGGUUACCCAGCUUUGACAUCAGUCUGGCCUGUGGGUGUGGCACAGUGGAGGAGGCUCCUCCCAUUGACGUGGCACUGGAGCUCUGUGCCAGGUUCGAGGACCGCCAGUUCCUACGCAAGGCCUGUGUCUCAGGUAUCUGGGGCGACGCUGAGAAGCCCAUCCCCUACUUCCCCUUCAUCGAGGAUCAACCUUUCCGGGUAUGUGGAGGAUCUUCAUUUCUUCUCAGUGGCUCAUCUUUGUACUCCACCCUUUGAUAGUGUCACUGAAUCCUGCAAUUUAUAGCAUAGGGUUAUGAUUAUAAUAUAGGUUCUAAUGUGAUUAUAGCAUAGGGUUAGGUUUACAUAGGAAUAAACAGAUACAUUUAAUAUUGUUUCAUAGGAUUAAGCACGUUUUGAGAACUCUGAAAUAAAGUGUCAGGUAUCAUUCAGGUUCAAGAAGGUAUCACAUGAUUUAAGACUCACAAUACAACAAUAUGGUUGAACUUCCUCCCCUCCCGUUGUUUCUUCCCCAGAUCGAGAUCCAUUGUGAACUACUGCGUUUCCGUGUAUUUGUGGAUGGACACCAGCUCUUUGAUUUUUACCACCGGGUGCGAUGCUUACUGGAUAUUGACACAUUAAGGAUUAAUGGUAGUCUGACCAUUACCAAACUCGGAUAGAAGGAAGAAGGACUAUGUAGGAUGCACCUUACGGAAGUGGUAAUGGAACCUUGCCUGCCGCAAUCCUCACACUUAGCAAUAAUGUGGACAUCGGCUUGAAAGCAAUGUCUUAGCCUCUUUGAGCCUUAGCUGACAAAAUCGAUUGCAAAGCAAUGUUCUGUCUUCGGAUUUUCGAUAGGAUGUAGCCUACCUAUUUCUCUUAGUUGUGAUUUAUUUUUUGUUUCAUGGUAUUGAGUGCUGUUGGUUUGAGAUGGUCAUGAAAUAAAAAGGCUUCCAGGAUAAAAAUAAAACUUUAAUUGAUCAGAGAUCUUGAG